AUGGAUUUGAUACCACCGUCAUAUGAGUCGGCAACGGACCGGGAUGCAUGGGUCAUCAUCGCCCACUAUAUCCCCUCAAGUGACCUUUGUGCAGUUUCACUAGUAUGCCAUCGAUGGCAUGACUUAUUUAUGCCCUUCCUAUGGGGUAGCCCAGCAUCACAUUUUGGCACAGACAACGAUGCCGUCUACGUUGCCCUGACGCGGUUUAGGAGAACCUUGAAGUAUGCGAGACAAGAAAUUCGCGCAUUAACACAUACACUUCAUCUUCCACCGGCUUUAUCGGAGAUCUAUGAUGGCCCCCGACCAGGAUGGCUAAAGGAUAUUCUAGAGUCAUUGCCUUGUCUGCAGUCACUGAUGGUUUCGCGACUACCAUUCUUCGAUCACAACUGCAUGAUUGCUCUGAAAAAUUCACAAAAACGGACUUACAAUAUCCGUCUCCUGCUGGCAGAUCAUGAGCCAAAUACGACCCCUGCAGGUCUAGCAGAAACUCUUCUUCGAUUUCCCCUAUUGACCUAUCUGGAUUUCUCCUACACGGUUUCCGUUCGAGACCCGAGCGUAUUAUCGUGUCUAUCUCAACUUGAACAUCUUCAAGUACUGAAGUUGCGCGGUAUUGGCUUGAAGGACGCCGAUGCUGAGUUUCUAGCCAACGCCAUCGGCAAUCGAGUCCGGUUUUUGGAUUUGCGAAAUAACCUGCUCACUGAUAUGGCCGUUCGCUCUCUGCUGCAGGCCUCUUUUCUGGCGCCAAAUCAGCAACCGCUACAACCACGUUGUAUGAGACGUACUGGAACUUCCCCAGAUCCUGUCGCCCAAUCGGCUCUUCGAGGUCUUGGGUCGGAUUUCUUGAAGUCGCCCUACCUAGACGAGCAGUAUUUAAAAUUCCUCGCCAGUCAAGCGUCUAGUCACCCCUGGGUUGAUUACUUACCAUCUGUGGGUAUCACUCAUCUUUAUAUCGCAAACAACAAUAUCAGCGUGGAGGGCGUAGCCGCCCUGUUGGCCGCCUCCAGUCUCUAUUCCCUCGAUGUUGGGACUGUCAAAAGCGCAGAUGUCAUUCACAAAAAAGCGCUGUCUCUAAAGCAGGAGAAAUACCCCGGUGCAGAGAAGCUCGUUCCUCUUUUAGGGAAAGUUGCUGGAGAUAAAUUGACUUAUUUCCGUGUCCAUCAUGCAGUACUUACUGCUGAGCCCCCGUUGAAAGACUUCGGCUCCAAGUCCGAGUUUCUUCCAGAGCUCGGGACUAGUGAAGUGCCUCGUGGGGCUGAGUUAGAUGCUUCGGUUGAAGCUCAAAUAUAUGAGCUUCCUGAUGAAGAAGCACCAGUCUAUGAACUUGCAGAUACGUCCCUCGCCGAAUCUACGAGCACAGUCAUGAGCCCUAGCACGACUCAAAAUGAAAAAUCGGGACAGCUAUAUGAUGAAGUCAUGGUCACCGCCAGGAGGGGAUCAGCUUUCGCCCCAGAGGUCAUUGAGUCCAUUUCGGAUGGAACAGCCUACUGUGAAAGCCCUAGUGACAUCGACUCGCUUCAACCACUUUCAAUUUGCAGCUCUCAUCUUACAUCGAACGAUCCCCAAGCUCAAAGGAUUCAAGAGCUUCUCGCAAGGCGCCCAAGGAACCAAUCCCUACCGCUACGAAGCGGCAAGGAAAGCCGAUUUCCCUAUCUACAUCCUUCACAUCUCCCCCACUGCGAAACACUAGUAUUAACAGACAUCCCAUCCCACAUUCCACCCAACUCCCCAAUCUUGUAUACCCUCACCCGCUUUAUCACAGCCUGCUCCAACGAAUCCCUUCUCGCAACCCUCCAAGCUGGCUCAGACUACUCUCUCCCACCAGGUCAGGCCCGCUACCAAGCGGAGCAACAACGCUCCCGCUCGGUCUUCGGUCUUCGCCGCAUCAUUCUUGAAGUCACUGAUACUUCUACUCGACUAACAUCCUGGAAACCGGCGAAUCAGCGUAACGGAAACACAGUAUCUAGCACCGGAGAUCGCGACUCGGAGUCUCUAUGGGCUGCUGCUACGGACGACUUUAGCUUCUUCGGCGAGGAAGAAUGUGGAAUACCCGAUAACGAUCCGGGGAAGUACUUCCCCAUGGCAGUGCUAAACGAAAAGGUCUCCCUGAUACCCUCGGACGAAGACUCUCCCUCGCGCACUGAAUCACCCCUACCACGCGGGGCCAACAACCCAUUGCGGGGUAUGACGUCUUCUGGAUCUCAUCGCGCUGGAGAAAGCAUACAGCAGCAGCUUUUGCAAAAUGUGGACCUGGUCGCGCAGCUGGCUACUUUCCGACGUGAGAAGAAGGCAGAGUAUGAGCAGCUGUUGCGGCGGGAGAGAGGACGGCGGAGUACAGCUGGAACCGGGGUGUCGAGUAUCUACUCAACAUCUUCGGCACAGGGAUCAAUGGCGCAUUUCGUGGAGGGGCAUUGGAAGGGGGAGGUUAAGGUUGUCAGAAAUCCAAUGCCUAAGGUUCGAAGUGGGGUGGUCGAUAUGUAUGGGAAUUAUUUCGAGAAGGGAUAUCUAUACCCAUAA